UAAACAAUCAGAACAAUCGUGUGAUAAAUGUGUGUGACAGUUAGUCACCAUAACCCCUUAUAAACAUCAGAUAUCGUCUCAAGUUUGCAUUUUCUGCAAAGAGAUGGCAUUGAAUGUGUCAUAUCUAUUGUUUCUGUUAGUUGCAAUAUGUUUUGGAAAACCUAGUCCAGAGGAUAAGGUUCCGACAACAACAUCAAAACCAACUCCUACCGAGAGUUUUGGUAACGUGUGGAAGUUAGAUGUGCAAGGGAACUUCUGGUUAUUUUGGAAAACGAAUGUGACACACAUAACCUUCGAGACACACGUAAAGACUAAAGGAUAUGUUGGUUUUGGACUAUCGUCUAAUGGUAAAAUGUUUCCCUCAGAUAUUGUCAUCGGAUGGGUUGACAGCAAUGGAACAACACACUUUAAGGAUUGUCAUACAGAAGGACAUUAUGCACCGAUAAUUGAUUCUAGUCAGGACUGGUUUUUGUUACUUGGCAAAGAAGAUAAUUUUGGAACAGUUUUAAAAUUUACUAGAAAGUUGGAUACUUGUGAUAAUAACGAUUAUCUUAUAACGGAGAGUACUAUCAAAGUAAUCUAUUCAUACCAUCCUGAUGAUCCUGCUUCGUUUAGUUCCUUAACUUGGCAUGGUGCAGAAAGACGAGGGGCCAAAAGUUUGAUGUUGCUAUCAUCUGUAAAAGCAAAUGAAUACAUUCCACCCUCUGAUGCAGAACAGUUUGAUUUGCUUCACAAUAAUUUCCAUGUACCAGCAAGGGAGACGACUUAUCAAUGUAAAGUUUUUAAAGUUCCGCACAAACCCCAGAAGUAUCAUAUGAUCAGGUAUGAACCCGUAAUAACUCCCGGUAAUGAAGCAUACGUUCAUCAUAUUUUGGUUUAUAGCUGUCCGACCGCUACAGAUGCAGACGUUGGCAAGGUAUAUGAAUGCUAUAGACAUCGCCCUCAAAAUCUCAAGUGUAGUGAUGUGGUGAUUGCAUGGGCCGUUGGUGGAGUAGCAUUUGAUUUUCCAUCGAACGCUGGAUACUCUUUCAUGACACCUGGUGACCCACAGUAUCUUGUAAUGGAGACUCACUUUAAUAAUCCAACAAUGAAGUCGGGUAUUGUUGAUAGUUCCGGCUUAAGGAUUACAGCUACGCACACAAUACGUCAGUAUGACGCUGGGAUUUUGGAAGCAGGUGCUGUUGUUAAUAAACUUCAGUUUGUUCCUCCACAUGAAAAAGAUUUUUUAUCACGACAUUCAUGUAGUCAACAGUGUUUACAAGAGGCUUUGGUGACAAAACAAAACAGUAUGAAAGCUUUUGCAACACUUCUUCAUUCCCAUUUACUUGGAACAAGUAUUAUUGCUCGUCAUAUUCGUGGUGACGUAGAAUUAGAACCUUUGGCACAAGACCUUUCUUAUGACUUUGACUACCAAGAUACUAGAAUGUUUCCAAAAGAGAGAGAAAUUAAAUAUGGCGAUAGAUUAAUCAUUGACUGCCAUUACGAUUCAACAGAAAGAACUAAACCGACAUUGGGAGGAUUGUCAACUGCGGAAGAAAUGUGUUUAGCAUUUAUCUAUUACUAUCCAAAAACUAAAAUAAGCAAGUGUCAAAGUAUGCCUUUGUAUGAUCAAAUCGGUUCAAACCCUGGUCAUAAUGUUGAUACGAUGUAUAGUUGGAACUGGCAGAACCAAGAUGUUAAGAACAAAUUCCAAGAUGUUAUGAAUAAGACAAAUGUUUACCAUAAAUGUGACAGUCACUUGCAUCCAGGAAACCCACAUUAUCAACAGCAUGUUUUCCGUGAUCCAGAACCUCGAGUUAAAUACACACCACCUCCUAGACAGUGCCCGGGGAGUCAGUAAAAGAGCAUAGUAAUUUUUAAUAUGUUUCUUGCAAAUAUGCAAUACUAGUAUUAUCCUUUUAUGUAUUGAUUUAAAACAUAAGAUUCUUUUCUCGAAUUGUAAUAAAAUGAAUUAAAAUUCAAA